ACUUGCCAAGUCAGUCAUCUACAAUCUACAAACCAAACAGUCAAAAUGCGCGUCUUCUUCCUCGUUGCUCUGCUCGCGAUGGUGGCCCUGGCCGCCGCCCAAGGACGUCGUCCUCCAGGACCUCCACAGGGCGGACCUGGUGGCCAGGGACCACCCCAGGGCGGACCCGGAGGUCAGGGACCACCCCAGGGUGGACCAGGAGGUCAAGGACCCCCGCAGGGCGGACCUGGUGGCCAGGGACCCCCGCAAGGACCUCCUCAGGGCGGCAACUCGUCCUCCUCCCAGGAGUCCUCCUCCUCGCAGGAGUCCUCCAGCGAGGCCUCCGCCUAGGAACCUUACUGCGGCACCUUGAUCGCCGAGUCCUUGCGGCCUUCAAACCCUUUGAAUAAAGAUGUAUAUUUCAGUUUAUUUCGAAA